UUUUCUUGCCUUAUAUUUUGUCUUUACUCAUGCUUCACUCCACAGGUAUGACAGAAAACAUAAAGGACAUUCACACAUGGAAAAUCCCAAGAAGAAGAAGUGUCAUCGUCUUUUGACACCUUCCAAAUCCCUCCCCCCUCUCUCCCUCUCUCUCUCUCAUAUGGUGCUAGCUAAUUCUUUCCUCCAUCUUACAGAAGCACAUGCUUAAUCACAGAGUCACCUUCGUUUGUUUAUUAUUUUUUCUUUCCAUUACAAAGUUGUCUUGAUCCUUGUUAUUUUUAUGUGGGUUUAUUUCUGGGAGAGAACCGUUUUAUAAUGAGAGGCAUAGCAUCUUGUUACAACGAACAUGCUAUUAGAGUGUCCGAUUCAUAUUGUUCAAGGCCUUCAAACCAGACCUAUCAUUGUCCAAAACUGAAUCCUUCCACCAGAGAUUCAGUCACCUGCAUGUACAAAAUCUCAACGCAAAAGCAACUCUUCAUCACACUAACUUGGGCCAAGAAACUCCUAGGUCAAGGCUUCACCAUAACCAUCUCCAAUUCCGAUCAUUUUCCCUCCAAAUUCAACGCAAAGAACUUGAAUAAAACCAAAGGAAACGAAACAUUCCAAACCCACAAUUUCCAAAUCCAAGUCCUCUGGGAUCUCUCCGAUGCCAAGUACGAGGAUGGGCCAGAACCGGUUAAUGGGUUUUACGUCGUCGUUUUGGUUGACUCAGAAUUGGGCCUACGCCUCGGUGACAAAGAUCCCUUACUUGAAGAACAAUCAGACAAAAAGGAAGCGAAUUUCUCAAUGGUUUCAAGGAGUGAAACGUUUUCCGAAACUGCGGUUUACGCGACAAAGGCGAAAUUUUGCGAGACGGGAAUUUCUCAUGACAUAUUGAUAAAGUGCUGCGCGGAAGAGGGAGCGUCGAAGGGUCACGUGUUGUCCGUGUGGGUGGACAAGAAGACAAUGUUCCAGGUGAAGAGGUUGCGCUGGAACUUUCGUGGGAACCAAACAAUUUUUGUGGAUGGUUUGGUCGUGGAUAUGAUGUGGGAUGUGCAUGAUUGGCUUUUCAAUCCCAAUUCUGCUUCGGCAAUGUUCAUGUUCAGGACAAGGAGUGGCCUCGACAGUAGAUUAUGGUUGGAGGAGAAGGCUUCGCACACGCGCAACCAGCAGGACAAAAAUGGGUUCUCCUUGUUGAUACGUGCAUGUAAGAACCUUGAUUGAUUCAAUCUUUUUUACAUUUUUUUAAUUCAACUGGAUUUUCUCAGAUUAAAAGGACUGACACAUCUUUAGUUUUUUCUUCUUCUUAAUAUCAACUGUUCAUGAUCUUUGGUCAGUGGCCAUGUGUCACUGUUCCCGUUUGAACAGGACUAGAUGAAUGUUCAUAGAUUAUAUUAAAUACUCGUACUGUUAGAAGUGUGAUUUUAUAACUACAAAUUGUUCGCAAA